CACAGAAGUAAGCGUGAUAAAUAAAUAAACUGGAGCUGCAUGUUUUCAGGAGGAGAGGGCCUGAAAGGGUAUCACAUUUAUAGCAUCGGACUCAGUCACUGACGAAGAACAAGAUGAACAAAUACAGGAAGCAUAUGGCAGAGCAGUUCCUGAGUCAGGCCUUGGGUAUCAUCUGCCUGCUGACUGGAGAGGAAUAUGUCAUUGUAAAGAAGAGGCCCUCCCACAGCAGUAUUCACCGGCAGAACGGAGAGGUGCCUAUAAAGUGUGAUGAUGUUGCUGUGUAUUUCUCUAUGGAGGAGUGGGAGUAUAUAGAGGGACACAAGGAGCUUUACAAGGACGUUAUGAUGGAGACUCACCAAGCACUAAGGACUAUGGAGAUCCCAGGAAAUGAGAGCUCAGAACUAACAGGUCACAGUAAUGAAAAUCUAGACACUGGAGCACCUAGAGAACUUGUACAGAAUAUUCAGCCAGUGGAGACCCCAUCAGACGUUGCUGCAGAUCUAAUAGGUCACAGUGAUGGAAAUCUAGACACAGGAUCACAAAGAGAACUUGUACAGAAUAUUCAACCAUCAGAUGUAUCUUUAAAUUACAUUAAUUUUGACGUAGAUGUUAAAACAGAAGAUCAGAGUGUAACGUGUCAGCUGGAAGCUCCAACACAGGAAAUGUGUGACAUCGACAAUGAAGGUGAUGUUAAGACUGAAGACACACUCAAUGCUGAACAAACAUAUGUUUUGAAUCUCAAUUGUCAGCUGGAAGCUGUGAAGCAGGAAAUCAGUGACAAUAUUAGUACUGGUGAACUCAUAAACUGCAGUAAUCCUAGUCAUGGACUCCAAAAUCCAAAAACAGGAGAUAAAGCAUUUUCAUUUCCUGACUGUGGGAAAUAUUUUACUUUGAAAUCCGAUCUUUUUACUCAUCAGAAAAUUCACACAGAAGAAAAAGCAUUUUCAUGUUGUGACUGUGGGAAAUAUUUUACUCGAAAAGCAGGUCUUAUUACUCACCAGAAAAUUCACAAUAGAUUAAAAGUAUUUUCAUGUCCUGACUGUGGGAAAUGUUUUGCUUGGAAAUCGGCUCUUAUUCAGCACCACAAAAUUCACACAGGAGAAAAAGCAUUUUCAUGUCGUGACUGUGGGAAAUGUUUUACUCAGUCAUCACAUCUUUUUAGCCAUCACAAAAUUCAUACAGGAGAAAAAGCAUUUUCAUGUUCUGACUGUGGGAAACGUUUUGCUCGGAAAUCAUCUCUUAUUAGACAUAAAAAAAUUCACACAGGAUUAAAAGCAUUUUCUUGUUCUGACUGUGGGAAAUGUUUUAUUCAGAAAUCAGAUCUUAUUAAGCAUAGAAAAAUUCACACAGCAACUCACCUCCAUGUAAUAAGUACUCCCUAAUUGACUACGUCUUUACUGACACAUGGGGUUUUGGACAUGAUCAGCACAUGCAACAUUGGCUCCAUAGCAUGGUCGGAUCAUGCUCCUGUCACUUGUGCGGUACAGUGGCCUGACAUUCCUCCUACAACAUACAUUUGGAGACUAGACGACACACUCCUUGACAGGCUCCUUAUCAAGACAGAAUUGCAAAAAUAACUAACUGACUACUUCACACAUAAUGAACCAGCUCAUACAUCCCUGACAAAUAAGUGGGAAGCCCACAAACGUGUUAGGCACGGAGAAUUCCUCAAACAUACAGCGAGACUACGCAAGCAAUACAGAGCAAAACACGCGUCCCUCCUAAACACAAUAACAACCUUAGAAGACAAACAUAAACAAAACCCAUUAGAUGCAAACAUUGUAAAGACUUUAGCACAAACUAGAGCAGACCUUAAACAGCACCAACCGGAGGCCUAUCAACGUAAAAUGUUGACAAUAAAGCAACAAUAUUAUGAGGGAGGAAACAAACCUGGAAAUUUAUUAGCCCGAUCCAUACAUAGAAAACAGCUUAGAUCACAUAUACAUUAUUUAUAUCACCACAUUCUGCGAAUCACCAGGCCUGUAAGCACCAAAUCAACCUUUGACCCCUUCCACAAACUCCUUCGGGGUCAGAUCCUCCCAAGAAAAAUCAAAACGGAGCUGGGAAUCUAUUCCUCUAAAAAAGACAGGAAUAACGCUACCAUCAUCUAGUGCUGCCAAGAAGGACACUUAAAGAUCUCCCACUUGUAACACACUUUCAUCCUCCUCAAACCCAUCUAGCCCAUCUCAUGAUGGACGGUAAUCAGACAAUGAUCAAUGAGCAGGUCCGUAAAGACUAGUCUAUUUACAGCAUAUUAUUAUUUGCGUUAAUAUGGCAAGUAAAGAUGCAGUUUGAUGUUAGUUUAAGUUAAAGAACUGUUAUUACAAAGUUGUAAUUCAUCUUGACUCUAAUGGUAUAAACCACUAGACACGGCUGUACUAGGAGAUAGCUAACCAAAGGCUAUUAGGUUUAUAAGCCCACUACCCCCUCUCCCAACAAAACCCCCGAAUAUCCCCCUCCUCCCUCGUUACUGCUGUGACUAUGUCCUUGAAUAUGUUUGUACAUGCAAAUUGUACUAUAUUGUGUUGUACUUUUAUUCGCAGUUUAUAUUGUGUUGUACUUUUAUAACGUUUGAAAUGUUUGUAAAGUUUUAAUUUCUUCUCAUGGUCA